CACCAAGCCCGUUGGAUCCGCUGCGAGAGUUUGGGACCAAGGAGAGGAGAAUGGAUCUCGGCACAGCUGAAGGCGCCCAGUGCUCCGACCCGCCCGCAGGGAAGCCCCCCAUGGCGGCCAAGCGCAAAGGCGGCCUGAAGCUCAACGCCAUCUGCGCCAAGCUGAGCCGCCAGGUGGUGGUGGAGAAGGCGGCGGAGGCCAGCACCCAGGCCAGCACCCAGGCCACAGGCAGCCCGCGGCGGCCCCAUGACAAGGACAUGGGCACGGCCCGAGCACCCCGCAGCGAGGAGGACAAGAGGCGGGCAGUGAUUGAGAAGUGGGUGAACGGGGAGUACAGCGAGGAGCCAGCACCCACACCCCUGCUGACCCGCAUCCACCGAGAGGGCCCGGAACUGCCCCCCGAGGGCGUCUACAUGGUGCAGCCUCAAGGCUGCAGUGAUGAGGAGGAUCCCGGCCACGAACCCCGCAAGGAAGGUGGCAGUGGCGGUGUGGAGAAGGACGCAGAUGGGCCCGCCAGCAAGGACGGGGCCAAGCAGGCUUCAGGGGAGGCCUCCUCUCUCCGAGACUACGCCGCCUCCACCAUGACCGAGUUCCUAGGCAUGUUUGGUUAUGACGACCAGAACACGAGGGAUGAGCUGGCCCGCAAGAUCAGCUUCGAGAAGCUACAGGCAGGCUGCGGCCCCGAGCCGGCCACCUCCUCCUCACUGGCCGCCACGGAGGACGCCCUGAGCAAGCGGGCACGCUUCUCCAAGUACGAGGAGUAUAUUCGCAAGCUCAAGGCGGGAGAGCAGCUGUACUGGCCGGCACACAGCGUCAAGGCCGAGGAGCGCGCUGGCAGCGGCGUUGGCAUCAAGGAGAUGGCGGGACCCCUGCCCAGCCUGCGGCUGCCCAGCACGGCACACCUGGAGACCAAGGCCACCAUCCUGCCCCUGCCGUCACAUAGCAACAUCCCCAUGCAGGGCCUGGUGGCCCGUGCCUCCAAGUACGACUUCUUCAUCCAGAAGCUGAAGACGGGCGAAAGCCUGCGGCCGCAGAACGGCAGCGCCUACAAGAAGCCCUCUAAGUACGACCUGGAGAAUGUCAAGUACCUGCACCUCGUUAAGCCUGGAGAGGGGAACCCCGACAUGGGCGGUGCCAUCGCCUUCAAGACCGGCAAGGUGGGCCGGCCCUCCAAGUACGACGUGCGCGCCAUCCCCAAGCCCUGCCCCGCCAAGGGCCCGCCUGCCCCCAGCCUGGCCCCGGCCCCCCUCGCCAGCGUGCCCAGCGCCCCCAGCGCCCCUGGGCCCGAGCCGGCAGCCUCCCUGCCCUUCAGCGCUCCCGAGUACCUGAAGUCCACCUUCUCCAAGACCGACUCCAUCACCACCGGGACUGUGUCCACUGUCAAGAAUGGGCUGCCCACGGAUAAACCCGCCGUCACCGAGGACGUGAACAUCUACCAGAAAUACAUCGCCAGGUUCUCAGGCAGCCAGCACUGUGGCCACAUCCACUGUGCGUACCAGUACCGCGAACACUACCACUGCCUCGACCCGGAGUGCAACUACCAGAGGUUCACGAGCAAACAGGACGUGAUCCGGCACUACAACAUGCAUAAGAAGCGGGACAACUCCCUGCAGCACGGCUUCAUGCGCUUCAGCCCACUGGACGACUGCAGCGUCUAUUACCACGGUUGCCACCUCAACGGGAAGAGCACGCACUACCACUGCAUGCAGGUGGGCUGCAACAAGGUGUACACGAGCACGUCGGAUGUGAUGACACACGAGAACUUCCACAAAAAGAACACGCAGCUCAUCAACGAUGGCUUCCAGCGCUUCAGGGCCACCGAGGACUGCGGCACGGCUGACUGUCAGUUCUACGGACAGAAGACCACGCACUUCCACUGCAGGCGCCCAGGCUGCACGUUCACCUUCAAGAACAAGUGUGACAUCGAGAAGCACAAGAGCUACCACAUCAAGGACGACGCGUACGCCAAGGACGGCUUCAAGAAGUUCUACAAGUACGAGGAGUGCAAGUACGAGGGCUGCGUGUACAGCAAGGCCACCAACCACUUCCACUGCAUCCGCGCCGGCUGUGGCUUCACCUUCACCUCCACCAGCCAGAUGACCUCUCACAAGCGCAAGCACGAGCGGCGCCACGUGCGCACGGCCGGGGUGCUGGGGCUGCCGGCCGGGGUGCUGGGCACCAAGGACACGGAGCAGGAGGAGUCCAGCAAUGAUGACUUGGUGGACUUCUCCGCCCUCAGCAGCAAGAACUCCAGCCUCAGCGCCUCACCCACCAGCCAGCAGUCCUCGGCCUCCCUGGCCGCUGCCGCCACCACCACAGAGGCCACGCCGAGCGCCGCCAAGCCCCCCAACAGCAAAAUCUCAGGGCUGUUGUCCCAGGGCCUGCCCGGCUCCAUUCCCCUGGCACUUGCCCUCUCCAACUCAGGCCUGGCCCCGGGCUCCCCCUUUUUCCCCCUGCUGCCUAGCCGGGGCACCCCCGCCCUCCCCGUGGGUGCUCCUGGCCUCCUGGGGAAUAUGUCUUCCGGGCCGGCCACCAUCCCCGACACCCCCUCGCUGGCGGCCUCCGGUGGGGGCGAUUCGGGCUCAGCGACAGUAGCCGCCUCGGUGCCCGUGCCCCCCGCUUCCAUCAUGGAGAGGAUCUCAGCAAGUAAAGGCCUCAUCUCGCCCAUGAUGGCCAGGCUGGCCGCGGCCGCCCUCAAGCCCUCGGCCACCUUUGACCCAGGAAGUGGGCAGCAGACCACCCCCGCCCGGUUCCCCCCAACUCCCGCGAAGCAGGAGACAGGGGAGAACACGGGCACCCCAGGGACCCAGGAGGUGGACCGCAGUUUAGACCUGACUCUGAGGGAGCCCAGCAAUGAAUCAAAUGGCCACGCGGUCCCGGCAAAUUCAUCUCUUUUAUCCUCGCUUAUGAAUAAGAUGUCUCAGGGCAGCCCCAACCUUGGCAGCCUGUUGAACAUGGCGACGGCAGAGGCGGAGGGGGCCCCUGCAGCCGAGUCUGCGCCCUUCUUGGGCAAGGCGGUGAAGGCGCUGGUGCAGGAGAAGCUGGCUGAGCCCUGGAAGGUGUACCUGCGCAGGUUCGGCACUAAGGACUUCUGCGACGCCCAGUGCGACUUCUUACACAAAACCCACUUCCACUGUGUGGUGGAGGAGUGCGGGGCGCUCUUCAGCACCCUGGACGGUGCCAUCAAGCACGCCAACUUCCACUUCCGAACAGAGGGAGGAGCGGCGAAAGGGAAUGCAGAAGGCACCUUCCCACCCACGACCGACGCCAAACCUCCCCUGGCCCCCUCAUCCCCUCCGGCGCCUCCCAUCACCUCGGCCGCGUCGGUGGAGGGCCUGACCCCCAGCACGGUGCCCGCACCCUCUACCCCCACGCUGCUGGCCUGGAAACAGCUGGCAUCCAGCAUCCCCCAGAUACCCACGCUCCCGGCCUCCACACCUCACCUGCCCGCCUCGCCCUCGGCCACCACCUCUCUAGACAGCGCCAAGCCCCAGGUCAAACCCGGAUUCCUCCAGUUCCAGGAGAAGUGA